AUGUCUAAGAGAUUGUCCUCUUUCUUUGGACAUAAGAAAGAAAAGUCAGAGGAAGGAGCGAUCGGCAGUCCUAGACACCUGAGUUACAGCUCUGACGCUUCGCCAAAUGCGAGCCCGUCGGCAGGUAGUAGAUUACAGAAAUACAGACCCCAAUCGCCGUCACAUCUCUCACUGAAUACGCACGAAAUUCCAUCUUUGGAACCUCCUCCUACUUUCCGCGAAAGCGCUUCGGGCAUCACUGCAAGACCUUCGAGUCGUCCAGUCAGCAGGCAUGCUGCAGGACCUGACUAUCCCUCCAGUAGGGAAAGCAGCCGCAGCAGACCGCAAACACCAACCCUGUUGACCAUUCCUGGCCAGCCUACCUCUCCUGCACCUUUCUCACCUGCGACACCCAGCUCGGCCGCAUCAGGGAAGUUGGCAAAGAAGAGACUUGGACUGUCUGGUCCGAAGCAAGACAAGCUCAAAUUCGGCGAUGGAGACUCCCAACAAAAAGCAUGGAUAUCAGGCUUGAAAGAACAUAUUCCGUAUGAUCUGACCCAGCUAUUACAUGGCGACAGACUGGGAGAAUUGUGGGACGUGAAUGGCGAUGUGGUUGUCCAUCUGUAUCCAGAGAGCUCAGGGCGAAAUCCUACUUUCCGUGUUCAUUCUGCACUCUUCGCAGAAUCCAAAUCACUGGCCUAUCUUGCGAUACCUAGCAUCAACCAGUCCAUGCAGGAUAUGUUUCUGGGCGAUGAUGACUCUUUCGGUCCACCACUUCGCGCCAUCGACCCUGGAUAUGGUCCGCAAAAUAGCAGCAUCCCGCAAAUAAUGCCGCCGAUGUCACAACCAAAGGUCGUGUAUCUACCACUGGACCUGGAAGGAGAUUACAGCAUUCCCGGGUCAACUCCUUCUGGCGACGACCUUGAGCUCAUUGUCUUGUACCGCAACUUUUUUGCUUUCCUAGGUGGUGGAGCGCUGAUUUCGACGCCACGUCAGGUCUCCUUGUUCUCAGUUUUCAUGGGUAUCGCUUCGAUUUUGAGACGACUCGCAUACACAAACGCAGACGGCUCAACAUAUGGUGAAAUUCCGGACAACAGCUUCGCUCGAUACUGCGACGAACUUCGACUUGGAGACGUACGAUCAAGCAGGGAGAAAACCAUCGAAGCAAUUGUGCUGGGUGAAGCUAUGAAGCAUUGGCCUCUUUACAAUGAAGGUUUCGUGCACGCAGCUGGUCGUCUCGACGAUAUCAAAUUCAUCAAGAGUCCGAAGUUUGCCAAGAUAUCUCCCAUUACUGUGAACCGACUGGAGCGAGCUUCACUGGAUGUGGAGACGAGGUUGAAGCUGCUUCACAGCAGACUUGACGAUUUCGAGUUUCCAUCCAUAUUCAGCGGCCUAGCAAAUUCUCAGACAUCGACAGAGGCCAAAUUGAUACGCUUCAAAGCAUGGCGCCUGGCCUUUAUUGACAUGCGUAAGUUUGUUAUGGCACAAUACAGAAGAAGAUAUGGUGCCUGGCCGCCCAAGGCCAAGUCAAAGAAGAACAAUUUUGAUCAAGACGGACUGAAUCGUCUCCUGGUGAGAGAAGUCUACGAGGACUUUUGCAAUCUUUACGAUAUGCUGGUAAAUCCUAGAGAAAUGACAAACCGUACCAUCGACCUGCAACCAAUGGUUGAGGAGAAAGGCACAACUGAGACGAUUCAGCACGCUCUUAGAAGUAUGGAGAGUGAGUUCGACCGCAGUACACCACCCGUGAUACCACCAAUCCCUUUCGAUACACCACUUAUACCGAGUCUUGACCAAAGUUUCAAAGGGGGAAAUGCACUCACCGCACAUGGAGGUGGAAGCGCCAAGCUCAAAGCGAACGAGAUCAACGAGCUCCUUCUUGGUUCCUACAACAGAGAAUAUAUCAAACCUUCAACAUUUGUUCAGGAAUUUAUGGCGUACGAACGCAAACUCGCCUCCGGCGCAACUCUCGACCAGAUCGUCGAUAACAGGUGUGGUCAGUGGCUCUUUGUGUAUGUCAUACUUCAAUCCUUGCCCAUGACGGCGGUUGAUGCUCGAGGCGUUAUUUUCAACGAGGAUGUCGAGUACUUCCUUUUUGAAGCGCCUAGGGGUGGCAAACCUUGGAUGCGAGAGGACACUUUGGUUAGUAAGGCGUGGUACAACGUGAAAAGUGCAGGUCAAACAAUCAGUUUGUCUGCUGAUGUUCUCGAUCAUCAGCCAGAAGGUGUGUAUCGACGAAGUCAUUGCUGGUUAAUCGCAAAUCAAUGGCUCGCCGCUGCCGGAGUUCUACCGCAAGGACAAAGUCCGGUACAAGAGAACUAUGAGCCACAACUGCCCUCACACCACCCACCUGUCGAGCUUCGUGCGAGCUCACCAGCACAACUCAGUCCUGCCCAGUCGCCUAUGAUCCGUCCCAUGACCCCGACUGCUCCAUACGAUGGUGUCAGGUCGCACCUAGGCAAGUCAUCCAGCUACACAAACCUACAAGUCGAUAUGGAACAAGUCGCUGCGCCAGCGCCGAAGAACCCUCGUCCUAUGUCUCAAUACAACCCGAGCAUAACGUUUGAUUCAAUCCUAGGAGCAGCACCAGUUCAGAAGCAGGAGAAGAAGAAAAAGAAGUAG